AUGCGCCGUACUGCACAGGCGCAUUGCCGUCCUCAGGCUCCGGAAACGACGCGUUUGCUUUGAAUAUUAUGGUCACCUGGCCACGCCCCAUAGCAACCGGAGGCCAAUGGCAGGCAGCUUUGUGGUUGCCAGGGAAACUUUGGCGGCAAGAUGGCGGCAGCUGAGGAUCAGAACCCGGCUUCGCUCCAACCUCUCCGGCACUCGCCGAGACUGCGACCGCGAAACGGCUAUGGCGUAUAUGUAUACCCAAAUUCUUUCUUCCGCUAUGAAGGAGAAUGGAAGGGAGGCAAGAAACAUGGUCAUGGGAAGCUAUUGUUUAAAGAUGGAAGUUAUUAUGAAGGCGAAUUUGUGAAUGGAGAAAUCACUGGGGAAGGCUACCAGCACUGGGCCUGGUCAGGAAACACCUACUCUGGACAGUUUGUUUUAGGAGAGCCUCAAGGACACGGCAUCAUGAAGUACAAAGCCGGAGGUCACUACGAGGGGGAGCUCUCCCAAGGCCUGAGGGAAGGGCAAGGGUUUCUGGAGGACCAGGAUGGACAGGUGUACCAGGGUUCCUUCCAUGACAAUAAGAGACAUGGCCGUGGGCAGAUGGUCUUUAAGAAUGGUGACAAGUACGAAGGUGACUGGGUUCGAGACCAGCGUCAGGGACAUGGGGUGCUGUUCUGUGCUGAUGGCUCCACAUACAAGGGACAGUGGCAUAAUGAUGUCUUCAGCGGGCUUGGCAGCUUGGUCCACUGCUCAGGAGUCACCUACUGUGGGAUGUUCAUUAAUGGCCACCCAGCAGCACAAGCUAAGAAGAUUGUGGUUCUGGGUCCAGAGUUACUGGAAGUGGUCCAAGGAUCUCCCUUCACGUUGAGUGUACAGCUGCAGCAAGAUGACGGGGAAGUUGCCAAAAGUGAGAGCGGCCGGGUCCUGAAGAUCUCAGCAGGAGUCAGAUACGUGCAACUCCCGGAGUACUCUGAGGUCAGCUUUUUCAAGAUGGAUGACGCUCACAUGGAGACACCCAUCCAGACCCCAUUCGGGUUCCAGUGCAUUCCCUACCCUCUGUCUGUGUCAACAUCCUGGGGUCUGGAGCCUGGGUCCACUGUGGAAAGCGCCAGAGCUGACCUGCUACUCUCCAAGAAAGACUCAGAGCCAGUGCUGGACUCGGAAGCCUUCCAUGGCAAGGGAGACACCCUCAGCAUCCUGCCAGGCAUUUGCAAAGUCUUUAAGUCACUCCAGAAGUUUAACUGCCCUGGGCAAGAGCAAGCCAGGAGACAUGAACCCUGCUGUUCUGCUGCCUAUCAGCGAGUGGACCAAGGCUGUGCUGAGUUUGUGGACAUUCACCUUGGAGCCCCUCCGCCUGGGAUGCAGCCCUAUCUGUUCCUGCCCAGCAUGCUUGAGAAGGCUGGCAACAGGCCUAAAGGUGACCGGAGUCCCCCGGAGGUGUUGUCCACUGCCCAGGAACCUCUAAGAGGCACCAACAGCUGGGUUGCUCAUCGGUGACGCAGUGGGUGUAGGACGAGCCAGGAACUCUGGAGGCUGGCAAAGAGCUGGCGAACUGACAAGCCUUUGAUGCCCCUUAAACGGCGGUACUGGGACAGAGCCUCAUCCAGCAGGAGAUGUGUCCCGUGCGGCUCUGAGUCAGGGUCUGUGAAUCGACCACGGAGUGUGUUUGUACGACAGCCAAAGCUGAUUUAAAAAUACAACCAAGAUCUGGCUAGAGCAGAGCUACCAUGGGCCCAGCAUUUCCUCCCCGAGAGGAUGUGAGAGCGGACAGUGAGCACCAGGGUCAUUGAUGCCGGUCAUCUCAAGGCCCAGGAUGCUCCAUCUGACCCCGUGGGGGUUCAUCGCCAAGGCUGUCAUGAACAGGUUUCUUCCUUCAACUGAAGGCUUUUGCUGCGUCCUCUAGAAAAGAUGGCAGGUGGCAGUCCGCUUCCCACACCACUGUCCACUGAGGGACUCCAAGGUGUCUGCAGUUAAAUGACCACAGAAAUAAGAUUCCAGGACCCCAAGGAGCGGCUGAGUCAGCGUGCAGACUCAAAAUGGCCCACACGUUCAGCGUGCCUGUGACCCUGCUUUUGCUGCUUCCUGCGUUUCGGCCAGAAAUCAGAGUGUUCCUGGCUACGGGCAGCCAUCAGACUCCACCUCCCACCACUGAGAUUAAGGUCAUUCUCCUGGGAGCCUUGCCUCGAAACAGCUGGCCCCCUGUUUCCAGAACAUAGAGACACCAGGGAGAACUUUAAAAUUUUUUUCUUGUUUAUUUUUUGAGAUAGGAGCUGAUGUAGCCCAGGCUAGCCGAAGGCUGCUGACGGUGGCCUUGGACUUCCAAUCCCCCUGCCUCCCACUGCUAAGUGUUUAGGAUUACAGGCCCAUAUUACCACACCUGGUUUAUACAGUGCCGGGCAUGGAACCCUGCGUUUGUGCAUAGUAGGCAAGGAGUCUACCAACUGUGCUACACCCCAGAGAGGCAAUGUGGCUAGGGCAGCGACUGUCACCUAUGCACAAACCCUGUCCUCACGCAGCUCCCCAGCCUCCUCAGUGCCAUGUUCUCAGGGCCAUGAGGUCUUUUGUCUCUUCUGACUCGGCCACCCUCACCAUGCAAAUGCUGCCCUCCAGGAAUGCCCACCUCAAGACAUUGUCCAGGGCUUCUCAGUUCUGCCUCCCAGAACUGAGUGAGUGACCCUUUCCAUAGGAAAGAAUCUGGGAGCCUUGGGCAGGGUCUGUCCCCACUUUGUUCCGGGCACUUGUGGCAAUCAAAGGGUUUUGUCACCUCCUGCUGCUGUUUGGGUAUCAGAUCCUUAAGUCCCUUAACCAAAAGACCUGACCCUCCAGGAUUCUAGGACAGCUGUCUUCCAGAGGCAUUGCCCAGCCCUGCAAACCAGGAGUGCUUCAGUGUCUUGGUUUGCACUUAAGAUCCCAGAGCAUCAUGGGAGUGGACUUCUGGCCUGAACCCCUCACCUGGGCAGGGCAUCCUUAAGAGGCUCAGGAUGGGUAAGGGGAAGAGCGAAGGCCACUAGCAGCCACUCUGGAUGCGGAUCCUGGCUCUUGAGCCUUUGUUGGACCAUAGAAGAAGGUUGGACUCUUGAGAUCUGAGCUUGGAGUCAUAAAAACUCAGACCUUUCUAACAAAAACCAGAUCUGGAGUGCUUCCCCAUCCCCAGCACUCAGAGAGGUCCAAUUCAGGUGCUGCCCAGCCCCCAAGUCUUCUGUCACAUUGGCACCAUAUCACCUCUGACCUCAGAGUGUGGAUCAUACAAUACACUACUCAGACCUAUCAUGGGGCCCCAACCCCUCCGGGUUCUGCCUGUUGGCCUACUACUGCCCAGCUACUGGGAACACCUUGAGUAUCUGUGACCCGGCAUUUGCCACACUCUGUGCCAGACUCUUCUUACCACUCCCAACCACACAGAGACAAAGCCACUGAAUCACAACUGUCCUGAGAACACCCUUGGUCUGGCUCUUCCGGAGGGCUCCAAGAGGGUCUAGCUGUGAUCAUUUGGGGCCCUAGCUUUCCAGUUGGUCUCUAGAGAGAUAAGACCGCAAGUCUGUAUACCCUGUCCCUGCCUAACCCAGCUGGACUGGCUGCCACACCUGGGUCAUAGUUCAUAACCUUCCUCUCUCCUGGCAAAGAUGGGGUGGGGGGUUUGAGGCCAAGAUGCCAAGGAGGGAACAAUUUCAGUCAGCUCAUGUAAUCACGUAAGAUCAUUACAGCUUUCAGACACUACCACCGCGCACUACCUCAGCCUGUCAGGCAUGAGGAGAGAAAAGCCCCUCACACUUAGUGGAAAAUGAUCAAACUGGAAGCCACUAUGGCACCCUGGGAACCACUCUAGCCCGCCCCACCCCCCAGCAUAGAAACAUGGAUCCCAGUGGCUCAACUGAGGGUAUAAGCCAGCUGGUCAGGGCUCGUCGUACCUAGUGUAUCAGUCAGUGCUGGACAGAAGUUAUGGGGGGUAAUGUGGCAGGGAUGACGGAUUGUAGCCUCUAGGUGUUUAGCAGAACACCCAAGAGGCUCACAGUUGAGGCUUAUAGGUGGAGAACCUGAGAAGUUCAGAUAGCUGCCAUCCCACUAAGAGUGAUCCUCUUGAUGGCAUCAGGGGUGGACCCAGGACAGGCUGGGACUGAAUCUUUAAGGAAACACCAGUCCCUCAAACCACAGUCUCCUAGUUAGGGUUUCUGUUGCUGUGGUAAAACAUCACGGCCCCAGGGAGGAAAGGGUUUAUUCAGCUUACACUUCCAUACCACGUCACUAUUCAUCACUGAAGGAAGUCAGGGCAGGAACCUGGAGGCAGGAGCUGAUGCAGAGACCAUGGAGGGGGGCUGCUGACUGGCUUGCUCAUCUUGGAUCACUCAGCCUGCUUUGUUUGCUUUGUUUGUUCUGUUCUUGUUUUGUUUUUCAAGGCAAGAGUUUCUCUGUGUAUCCCUGGCUGACCCGGAACUCACUCAGUAGACCAGGCUAGCCACAAACCCAGAGAUCUGCCUGCCUCUGCCUCCCAAGUGCUAGGGACUAAUGGUGUAUGCCACUGUGCCCGGGCUCAGUCUGCUUUCUUAUCGAACCGAGGACCAUCAGCUCAAGGAUGGUACCACCCACAGUGAGCUGGGCCCUCCCCCGCCCCCCCACCCCCCCCCCCCCAUCACCAAUUAAGAAAGUGACCUACAGCUGGGUCUUAUGGAGGCUUCUUCUCAGGUGAGGUUCGAUCCUCAGAUGACUCUAGCUUGUGUCAAGCUGACAUAAAACCAGCCAGCUUGUAUCCAUAUCCCUUUGGCCUGCACAAAAUACUCUACCUGGGCUUCUGGGGAGAGACUGGCCCUGGGCACCCGCUGGUGACUCUUGAGACCUGGGACAGUCUCACCGACUAGAUUUGCCUGAGUCAGACUCAGCAGUCACUGCUGUCAUCCGAAGGCUUCAGACAAAGGGAAGGGCGAGGAAGGAGCUCCCCUCUGCAGAGAUGGAGAGUGACAGCCACGUAAUUUCAGCACAGGGCAGGGGACCCAGGGGUCUGACUUACAUAAGACAGCGCUCGCUCGGAGAGCCUGCUUACCUCUUACAACUCAGGCCUCCUUCUGGAACAUCUCAUCUGAAUACAGAAAUGCCCCUUUGUGCUCCCCCAAAACAAGCGCUUUGGUGGGGACGGGAGGCCUAAGAUCUCAACAAUAGCAAGCUUAGCGUGAGCAAGAUCCUGUGGGCACAGGUUGGUACCUGCCUCUCUCCUCUGCCUCCAGCAGUCACAGUGCCUGUGGAAGCUCACCAGGCCUGUCACCUGUGUACAUAGCAGUGAAGGAGACCAGCAAGUACAGAGCCUGGUCCCUGAGUGCAAGGAGCUCUUGGCCUCCAGACUCCACUGACGGUGAUGUCACUGCUGAGUUUGGCGCUAGGCUUGGAAGGGCUGGAUGACCAGGAGAAGUGGGGUCCUAGGUAGGGUUCCUGGGCUCUGGGAAAAGUAGGUUUUUCAUGUUCUCAAAAUCUGGUCUCUGCCUUAAUACACAGACACCCAAAGCCAGGCCAACACUAUUACGAAGAAGGAAAGGGAUUGUGGGUGGGUGGGCACACCCAGCCCAGCACCAGGGUCAUGCCGGCAGUAGAGGCACUUGCUGCAGGCUUUCCUGGGAGUGAGCAUGUUUCCGUUCAGGGCCCCUUGCCGCAUUCCUGCAGAGACAUUCCAGGCAUGUUCUGGGAUUUCAUGACAUGACAAAGGACCCUGUCAGUCCCUGCACGAUAUGAAGUUGUGUCAGCUGCAAAGGAUGGACUUGAUUUAAUAAGUGUGGCUGCGAAUUUGUCCAGCCACACAUGAGCAUUCCGCAGAAUAGGGAAAGGGCUCCGGUUACACUUCCCCCCAGAAACUCUAAUUGCAUGCCUUGUGAUGGAAAGAAUGCAUCUGCCUGAGACUCCACCAGCGAGGGGGUUGAGACACACAUCCAGUCGCUCAGUAACGUAUAAGGGAAGUUGUGGCAGACGACCUUGGGGCUGACUGCACACUGGGUCUCUCACCCGCUCACCCAGUGCCCGACACAUGCUGGGGACCGUCAGAGCCCCUCCUCCCUCCUCAGCACCAAGGGAAAUGGUUCUAAUUAAGACUUCCAUGAUUAGUCAUUUAAUCAGUCAUUAGGCCAACACAGAUGGAGUCAAUUAAUUUUUUUAUAUACUUGAAAAGAUAGUUGAUGACAGGCAGCCCUCUGAGCUGGCCGUAGGUGGCCACUGCGUACCUAACGCUGGACUCUUGUCCCCCUCGAGGAAGCAGCAAACACUCAUGGUAGGGAGAUGCUGGAAUCCUAGGCUCCGACCUGCCCUGAACCUGGGGCUUCCGAUGGUGCCACAGGCAAGGCUGCCUCCUGUCAUAGCACAACAGCACCAGCACCUUUUGGGCAAGAGCCCACUGGCUCGGAGCCUGAGACAGUAUGGUGCAGAGGUGGCACUGAGCCCUGGCCAUACUCUAACACCCUAAGGCAGCCAUGCAUCCCACAGCCAACAGAGACAGAGCACACCCAGGCCCAUAGCCCAACAGACACCCAGCCAGUGUAUAUGGGACUCAGUGAAGGAGUCCACCGGGCUGCUGGGUGGGGAGGAAACACAGAGAAGUGGUCUCAUAGCUCCUUGCUGGCUCCCUUCAGUCCCUACUUCAGAUCACCCGGCCUAUUGAUGCCUUAACACCACAGGCCUGGCUCACCCUGGGGCUUAUUCUGAAUACACUUUCGGGCACCUUGCUCCCCUCCCCUCCCCAAACAAGCCAUGCUGGGGGAACUCCCGGGAAAAUGCUUUCUAAUGAUCUCUACUAGACCCAGACACUCACGAUGUGGUUGUGACAACACAGACACCCACUUGGUCCCUUCCCCAGCUCUUUGUGGCUCACCUGUGCCCUCCUACCUGGAGGCUGAGCACACCCCCCCCCUUCUGUCUGCAGGGUGUAUGCUUCAUGGCUGAGACAGAGCAAUGGACCUCACCUUAGCCCUGAAUUGAGGUCCCCAUAGCAUAGCUGCAGGGGACAUGGGGGUGCCAUGACCAGGUCCAUCCCAGAAGGAAGAACACCAGAGAUGAACUGGGCGUUCCUGUGUGGUGAGGCCCUUGUGUAGGCACCAGAGUGUAAGCACAAGGUGAGGUAGGAGUUACGUUGUGUGAUCCUGAGGCUCUUGCUGCCUGGGCCCGUAUGGCCCCUCUAUCACCCAGCUGCCUACCUGACCAGUGGGCGUCUCACACUGCAGAAAGCCCCGAGGAAGCAAGGAGAGAUGAAGGGAUCCCCCGGUUCCUCCUUUCUUUAGGACAUUCAUCUUUUUUUUUUUUUCUUUUUUUCGGAGCUGGGGACCGAACCCAGGGCCUUGCGCUUGCUAGGCAAGCGCUCUACCGCUGAGCUAAAUCCCCAACCCGACAUUUAUCUUUUUAAAGUGUGUGCGAGCAUGCGUGUAAACGUGUGAAGUCGCUGGCACAGCCCAAAAGAGGGUGUCAGAUCCUCUGGAGCUGGAGUUAGUCAAUGGUUGAGAGGCACCUGACAUGGAUGCUGGGAACCAAAACUCUGGCCCUCUUUGAGAGCAGCAGGUGCAUUUAACUGUUGGGCCAUCUUUCCAGCUUCCGCUAAAAAGUUUUAAGGACUGAAAAAUGAGCCGGGUCCUGUCCAAGGAGGAGUAACAAACUGAAGCAGGUGUGAGGGGUGAGCAGGAGCAGCUGGCCCUCGGAUGUGCCUUCACCCUGGCUCCCCGAGCCCUAAUCCCCCUGCACAGCAGGCUGUUUCCUGCUGGUGCUGGUGCUGGGAUAACGACCCAGGCAGAAUGAGACACAGGACAGCAACCUUAACCCCUCACAUGCCACUGUCAGGGGCCUCCUUCCCAGCCAAACAGGUAUCGCCCUCCAAAUUAAGUGAACUGGGCUUCCCGCCCAGGACAGGGCGCAGGAGGGUGAAGUCAUUAAGCCCUGUUCUAUGGCCUGGGAAACAUGCAUAACCAUCCAUGGCUGUCCAUCCAUCCUUGGUCUGGGGCCUCACGGGAGUGGCUUGUGGCCAGCAUUGCCUGUGUGCUGAGGUCUUGCCCUGGCCUGUGUCCAGGAGAAGGGAUGUCACUGACCAAGCACUCAAACCUCCAUCCCUCUCCUUAAGAACACAGUGACAGCAGCUUCGGCGUGUGUGUGUGUGUGUGUGUGUGUGUGUGUGUGUGACACACAACUCUAACUGAUGGUUCUAAUUUUGGAGCUUUGGUUUGGAGUCCAAGGGGGUUAUAGAAGACCUGGGACUCAUACCCACUGUAGCCUGGGCUGCACCUGCCUUUAUACCAUCGUGGCCUGUUAGUGUAGGCUGCAUUCAACCGCCAAGGACCCUAGGACAGAAGCAUCUACUCAGGCUCCUGGCCUUGACCUGGAGGUUCAGAUGGGUUAUUCAGAGACCUAGAACUUGUACCUUUCACCCCUGUGGGAACCUCUAGCCUGGAACCUCGGGCUCACUGGGCUCACUCCUUACUUCAGAUCCCCUACCUAGGCCAGGCCAGGCUAGGCACAGGGAGGGUUGGCGGGUAUCUGUUUUUAUAAACUGGACUACCACAUGCAAGCUGGGCAAGGCAAGACCCACUUUAGCACCCCAGAGCUCCUGCAGGGCUUGUGAAACCUGAUCUGUAGCUAAGCCCACGAAAGCAGUGGGUAGAAAGGCAUAGCCUCUGUGUCUGGGGCUCGGGCUGAAGCUCCGUCACCCAUACCCCAUUUUGCUGUUUCCACCUCUCUGUGAGAUCUGACCAUCAAGGCCCACUAUACAAGGCCACGUCUCCUUAGCUCUCCAGUGAACCACAGAGCCAAACAAUGCCCUUCACAAACACACCCUGGUACUGAGGCUGAAAGAGGCUGCAGGAAGCAGGAGUGUGUGUCCCUGCCAACCUGACAGUAGCUAGGACUGAGGACCUUCCUGAGCCCCUCCCCCGCCAUGCACCUCAGGUUGCUGGGACUGGGGACAGUCGGGCACAGAGGAGGCUCUGUUGUGUGUCUAGUCAGUUUGAGACCAGCCUCCGGCCAUGCCAACCUCCUGCCAUGCCUCAGGCUGACAGCCUCCAUGUGCCUCUGAUGCCUGUGUUCUCCCGCAGAGCCCAUGCGGUCUUGAAGGGAAAGACAGAGGCCUCCUGCCCAGACGAAUAAUACUUACUGGUCACCCUGCUCCAUAGAGGGCCCAUAGCUCCUAGAUCUGUGACCUUCUGUAGCUUGGAACAGGCUUCUCCGAAGCUGGGCCUGUCUGGAUGAUGGUCGAAUUCUGGGCAAGCAUGAGCGUGCCCAUUCAGUGACCUCUGGGGGUGGGGGGUGAGCAUCAGAGCUUUUCUCUUUGCUGAGAAGCAUCUGCCCUCAGACUUGUACCCUUGGACCAUGUCAGGUGAUGGGGCAGUGCCUGUGCUUGGACUUCACUGAGAUCUGGCACCUGUCCCAUCUGCUGGAUUCUUAGAAGGUGAAUUGGUAAUCAGCUGGGCUCCCUCAUCUGGUGUCCGGCUGUAGUGAUGGGAACAUAUUUUUGCUUCCAGCAAAGACAGAAUAUGUGGGAUUGGACCUGUCCUCUCAAAAAUAAAGAAGCAGCAGUUAAAAAUCAGAGAGAGACAGAGACAGAGACAGAGACAGAGGAGCACUGGUCAGUCAGGGAAGCAUAGGGAGCCCUGAAGGGUGAAAACAAGAAGAGUCUCCGGGCUGCAGGGCUGGGCAGAGAAUCCAGGCAAGUUUGGGAGCCUGCUGAGGGGAGGAGAUGGAAGUAGGAGCCUGCGAAAAGGCAAAGGGUGAGAGAGCCCCAUGGCUGGCCAUGGCGGCACCCACCUUUUAAUCCCAGCACAAGGGAGUCAGAGGCAGGCAGAUCUCUGAGUCCGAGGCCAGCUUGUCCUACAGAGAGAGUUCCAAGACAGCCAGGACAGAGCCACUUGUGUACAGGGUGCAAACACCAGCUGGAGGCCUGGAAAUACACAGGGUGCUGGCUGAACGUAGUUCAGAACGAUUAACCUGAACUUAGACGACACCCAACAAGCCCAGAAAGCAAAACCAGGAUGGAAGGCACCAUCUUGAGGCAACGGACCAUCAAGACCAUUUCAGUGGACACAGAAGGGUCUCAAUCUGUACUGGGUGUAGACCGGAAAGGGCUGAGGGGGUAGCUCAGCAAGGAGUAAUAGCUUAGCACCCUGGAGGCCCAGGCUCUAUCACCCAAGAUCAGCAAGCAAGCAAGCAAUACAGAGAAAUACAGCCCACGAGUCCAUCAAAACCAACGACGUGACGUGAGAGAGAUGAGCCACUGAGGAGCACGGGGACAGCCGCAGCUGGACCCCGUGCUUACCAGGAGAGCUGAGCGGCAGGCAGAAACCCCAAGCCAAACUAGCAGGAGCCUGUGGAGCUCAGUCCAGUCAAGAACACGGACCAACAUGUGUGAGCUGGGCCUGGAUACCACACUCGCUCACAAGAUAAUCCAGAGGCUGGCAGGGAUGAGGCAGACCCAUUCGGAGCGAGGCCCUUCCUGAGGAAUGGCUGUGCUGACCUGAAGGUGGUCUCCAAAUCAUUCCAGGAGCUGAGAGGUUGACGAAACAGGCAGAACACAUGGGGAAGGGAAGGGGAGGGAACAGAAAAAAAACGCUAGGCUGAAAUGAUGGCCAAGUUUGUUUUGUUGGCCUACUUUUUAAAUGUUUUUUUUUUUUUUUUUUUUUUUUUUUGGUUCUUUUUUUCGGAGCUGGGGACCGAACCCAGGGCCUUGCGCUUCCUAGGUAAGCGCUCUACCACUGAGCUAAAUCCCCAGCCCCUUGUUGGCCUACUUUUAAAACGUUUAUAUCAUUUUUAUAUCUUAUUUUGUACAUCAAUAUGAUUGUGAGACUGGGCACACACCACAGCCUGAGUGAGGAGGUCAAAGGACAAGUUUGAGGAGUCAGUCUUCUCUUUCAUCAUGGGGUCAAAGGGUCACCCCCACCACCAGCCUUGCUUCUUAAGAGAUUCAGAUUACCCAGGCUGGCUUUGAACUCCCAAUCCUCCUGCCUCCACCUCACGAAUGCUGAGAUUCAAGCGUUCAAAUCAGGGCAAACUUCUAAAAAAAAAAAAAAAAAAAAAAAACUUUCUAGUGGCAAUAAAAUUUCAUACCACGGGUCCCAGUCCUAACACAGCAAGCAUUCCUGAGGUCCCAGCGCUCAGCAUUCCAGUCCGGGGUGGGCAACACAGACCUCACUUCAAAACAGACCACUGGAGACGUCGGCUCGGUCCGCAGUGUGCCAGCCUAGCACAGUCAUAGGCUUAAUGCUCAGCACCCCACAAACUGCCCAUGCUGGUGUACACAUGCAAUCUCAGCAGCCUGGAGGUGGGAACCCAGGCAGAGGGCAGCCGGAACCCAGAACCAUCCUUGGCUAUACAACCAGUUCAAAGCCAACCUGUCUCAAAAAGAAUGAGGGUAAAAAUUUAGUGUGUGUGUGUGUGUGUGUGUGUGUGUGUGUACGUGUGUGUAAUGAGAAAGAGAAGAAAAGGUCCUGUAGCAUUCCAAGCUUACUCAAGGAUACCAGCCCAGUUUGUGGGCCCCUCCCUGCCCAGUGCUGGCAACUGCCUCCUCAGCUGGGCUGCUAGAAAUGUUUCUCAGAUUCUCAGUUCCGAUCCCCCUGCCGAGCCCCAUGAUGUGCAUACCGUUCCUACCUGAAGCUCUCCCUCACACGGCUACCAGGCACCACAGAAUGGCCUCCUUCUCUCAAACUAUCUCUUGGGUCUCCUGGAGACCUGGCCUCAGGCCUGACCACAUUGCCUCCCUCUACUGCCUAGUUAACCGCCAGCUCUGAGGGCCCCUUACUCCAGACGCCAGCUCCUGCCUGCCUCUGUCUGGCCUCCUCAAAGCCCUAGGGGUCUCUAAAAACUCUCAGAACUCUCAGGGUUCUUGUAACCCCCUUUAUUUCUCUUAAAGCUGGCAGCCUGACAGGCUCUAGUUAUUCCUGCUGCUAAAUUAUUUAUCUCUUCCCCUUUAAGGUGACUCCUGGGGCCCAGCCGAAGCCCGUUUUCCCUACUUAAAAUGAAGUCAUUUAAAAAUC